CUUCUGAGGAUGAUGAUGCAGUCUCUAGAUCCCCUCAACUCUCAUCACAUCGUAAGCAAAGCAUCGAUAUAUCAUUGUUUUAUAUCCCAAAAGUCCUGUCAUCAUGGCCACCACUGCUGCUUCUCUGAGCUCCCAUGGAGUUGAACCGGCUGUUCCCGCUCCCUACUGCCAUCAACGCCAGCCCUCUCUUAGACACCUCAGUUCAUGCGCUUAGCUCCAGUUCCGCCGUCUUCUCCUCAUGUCAAAGCACCCUUUGAUGCCAGUCGGCGUCUAUUUGAUCAUCCUCGAGCCAAUGCUGAGAAUGCCUCAUCUCUCAAUGCUGCGUAUCCCAAGCGGGGCAUCUUCAAGACAGCUGCGAUGAACAAUGCUACAUCCGACCAGAAGUUCACCAUUGAUCUUUCGCCUGCCCGUAAUGGUCGUAUCACGGAGGCCGUGCGCGAGAAACUGGCCGGUGAUGGAUUCAACGAGGUCCUGGACUUCUUUCAAGACGUCAACAGCACCUAUGUCGCCCAAAUCAUGUCCAUUAUGCAUGAGCUCAUCGGCGCUGAUCUCAGUCAAGUCCACAAGACUGGCAAUCUCAACUACCGUCUAUGCGACUACAACACGGAUACUGCCGACCCGACGAGUGAUAACGGAUGCGGCGCCCAUACAGACCAUGGAACCUUCACCAUCAUCUUCCAAGACGGAACGUCAGGGCUCGAAAUUGAACACGCCGAGCAGCCUGGCCUUUGGGUUCCUGUUCCCGGCGAUGCAACGGUUGUCCUUGCCGGUUGGUGCGCUGUGAUCCUUAGUGAAGGCAACAUCCGAGCAACCCGUCAUCGAGUUAGGAGAACGCCUGGUGUUCGAAGACUCAGCGCCGUUCUCUUUGUUGCCCCAGAUGUUGAGGCCACUCUUCGACCUCUCAAAGAUGUCAAAGUUGUUCGUCCGUUCACUAAGAAGGUCACGAAUGGGCAGUCAGAUGUUGAGGAGUUCAAAGAGGUCAUGGGCAAGAAGUGGAGACGUCGUGAGAGCAAUGAGAAGUCGGACGACGGAAAUGACAUGGAAACACAGGACAGUGAGAUUGAAAGAUUCAUCUGGGCUUGACUGAAUAAGUAUGAGCUCCGGUGAAUCCGAUUGGAUCGCGAGUAUCAAUUAGACAAUUCUACCCGAUUAAUCCACCUCACGGCAAGACCGAGAUCGCCGCACUCCUACAUAGAGCUUACAGGGAUAACAAAGACGAACAAUUCUUUCAUAAUACUCAAUUUCAC